AUGAGUCAACAACACGAUCUUCCCACCGAGUCCAUCCCUGGGACAGUUCACCUUGUGGACUUGACCCACAGCAUGCAUACACUCCAUGCGGGGUCUGGGGAUGUUGUCCUCGUGCCCACACCGUCCAAGGAUCCAGAUGACCCACUGAAUUGGUCCCCUCGUCGAAAGCUGAUGAGUGUGAUCACUGUGUGUGUGUACAUUUUAUUUGUUGGAUUGGCCAACUCUGUCGUGUACUCUGUGCUGGUGCCGCUUUCUGAAGCUUCUGGCGUCUCCUUGCAUACGCUCAACGAAGGUUCUGGAUAUUUGUUCUUGUUGACUGGUUGGGGUCUAUUGUUUUGGCAGCCUUUCGCGAUGCGCUACGGAAAGCGAUUGACAUAUCUGCUCUCAAUGGUGGCAACAAUCGGUACGACGUUAUGGGGGCCAUAUGCCCGCAGCAACGGAAGUUGGAUCGCUAAAAACAUCAUUGCGGGAUUUGUCGCAGCCCCAAUUGAGGCGCUUCCAGAGAUAUCCAUCUCAGAUAUUUUUUUCCAGCAUCAGCGAGGCACCUAUAUGGGACUUUACGGAUUUGCCCUUGCCGGCAGCAAUUACAUCGCUCCGGUGAUUUGUGGUUUUAUUGCAGACUACCACGGGUGGAAGUGGGUGUUCUAUUACCCGUCAAUGUUCCUCGGCCUAGCUACUGUCUUUUGUUUCUUCUUCAUGGAAGAAACAAAUUAUCACAGGUCGACCGUCGGUCUUGUCGAGGAUAACGUUACCGAUUUGAUGACUUCUCCGGGAUGCCAGGAAAAGCAAGCUGCAAAGAACCCUGGAGGAUUCGAAGUCACCAGCGUCAGAGCAGGCGUGCUGGAAUACUCCACCAACAAGUCUUUUGUGCAAAAAUUGUCUCUCUGGCAGCCCUCACCGGGCGAAGACGUCUUCGUGAGGGCCUUUAACUCGCUGAAAUAUCUGACCUGGCCGGUCAUCUUCUUUGCAGGGUUUAACUACGGCAUCUAUGUGAUUUGGUUCUCGGUCCUCAAUGCCACCGCCAGUCUUAUCCUUUCCAGUCCGCCGUACAACUUCAAGGCGACCAUGGUGGGUCUCAGUUAUAUUGCAACUUGCAUAGGCAAUGGGAUCGGGGCCUUCUUCAGUGGCCGAUUGAGCGACUGGUUGUCUAUUCGCCUGGCUCGUCGUAACGAGGGUAUGGUCGAGGCAGAGUACCGACUCUGGCCAUUUGCUGCCUGUGUCGUGAUGGUCCCUGCAUCGCUCAUCCUCUGGGGUGUUGGUGCCGCGCACGGGGUUCACUGGUUUGGGUUGGUUUUCGCCAUGGGAAUGCUUUCGUGUGCAAACGGCGUUGGAAUCACCCUCAACUGCAGCUAUUUGAUCGACACUUACCAUGAUCUCAGUGGAGAGGCAAUGACCACGGUGAUCAUCGUCCGGAAUACCAUGGGCUUCGCCAUCGGCUACGGCAUCACGCCGUGGAUCAUGAACAUGGGCGUCCAGAAUUGCUUUAUCUCGGCGGCUUUUGUUGGCAUGGCGGCUUCCUCCUGCUUCUUGAUCAUGAUUGUCUGGGGCAAAAAGUUUCGCGAGCGAAGUCGCGUCAGCUACUGGAACUUGGUGUCUAAACAAAUGUCAAAGGGUAGAGCCACCUGA